AAUAUAUUGCACCACUUGGAACAAGAACACGGCGGACAAGUGCUCCUCCCCCUGUGAUACGACCCCGACUUGAUCGCAACCAGAGGUGGAAAUGGGACCAGCUGUCACGCUGCUCGUCGGCUUCGUCGCUUCGCUUUGCGUAGUUGCCUGGGUCCGCGGGACCACACGCAAGAAGUGGACGAGCUUGCCAGGACCACCGAAGGAAUCUUGGUUGUUGGGCAACAGGUUUGGGACAGCAGCUAAGAGCAGACGGAAUACAGAGCCUGAGGGACACUUUAGGGAGUUCUGCGAGCAGUAUGGCAACACGUUUGCAUUCCACGACUUGCUUGGAGCUCAGAAGAUAUUCAGCCGAGAUAUCAAGGUUCUGCAGCAGGUCACGUCAGACAUUCACACGUUCGUCUCUGAUGAGAUCACGGUGGAAAUGAUGAAGAUGGUCGCUGGCGGAGGCCUCGUCGCUGCCUAUGGAGACGACCACAGACGGAUGAGACGCAUCAUCUCGCCCGCCUUUUCCCUUGGUCAGAUCAAGCAAAUCACCCCGAUGAUUCUUCAGCAUGCUUCUGGGCUUCGUCGCCAAAUCGAGACUGCCAUCGAGCACCAGAACGUCCUCGACGUCACCCCCUUCCUGGACGCAGCGGCUCUAGAUGUGAUUGCAGAGGCUGGCUUCGGGCACAAGGUUCGCGCGCUCGAACUGGGUCUCCAGUCAUGUGAGCUUGCCAGCACAUAUUCCUCAACGGUCAGCAGCACCCUCGCGGGCGGCCUCAGCGUGCUCUUUGUUGCAUCCCUUGCAAAGCUGCUGCGGUGGCCGACGUUGGUGCGUUUCCCUUUGACGCAGACGCAUCGUGCACUCCGCCGCCAGAAAGCGAUCAUAGACCGAAUUGCUGGCGAAAUUCUCGAGAGCAAGAGGGAAGAGCUCAAAGAUCUCAGCGACGAGGAGGUGUUGGACGUAGGAAAGACGAUCUUGAGCAGCAUGAUGAAGAGCAACUUUCUCGGACGAAAAGAGACUAGACUAGCCGACGACGAGGUCGUCGGCCACAUCCAGACUUUCCUCUUUGCAGGAUUUGAGACGACGUCAACGACCCUCGCGUGGACGCUCUGGCGAUUGUCGCGCGAUCAGGCUUUGCAAGAGCGGGUGCGGCGCCAGAUAAAAGACUACCUGGUGCAGAGGGACGUCAGGACGGUGUCGGAGCUGCAGUACGAGGACAUUUGGUCACCGGAGCUCGAUCUCAUCGGACGUGUUGUACUAGAGACCUUGCGUCUCCAUCCGCCAGUCCCUACGAUGGAACGCGUAUCGACUCGAGACACGGUCCUGAAGUUGAGCGCGGAUGCCGACCUGGUUGGUCCGACUUUGGCCAUCGGAAAGGGCACCAAAGUCGUUUUAGGCUUGGCGGCACUCAGCUGUGACUCGGAGUACUUUGGCGCAAAUCCACUCGACUUCAAUCCUGACCGCUUCCUGCACCUGCCCGACAAGCACGGAGAUGCGCGUUUUGGACCCCAGGGAACGUUCACUUUCUCGGGUGGACCAAAGGCCUGCAUCGGGAUGCAGGUUGCAUUGACAGAGCUCCGCUCCUUUCUCGUCGAACUACUCGCCAACUUCCGUUUUGAGCCCGCCGACGGAGAGGGAACAGUGGAUGUGAUGCAGGCCCUAGUAUACAGGCCAGUUGUGAGGUGCGCGGGCGAGAAACCGGAGAUUGCUUUACCGUUGCACGUCGUUCGUCUGUAG